CGGCCUCCCCUUGUUCGGCGCGGUCUGCGGCCCGGGCAGCAGGGGCCGCUGUGAGGAGCCGCGCGCUCGCGCCACCGCCCGCCGCCGCCCUCUGCUCCGCGCGCGGGGCGCUUCGGCUCCGCUGCCCGCGGGAAUCCAUUUUAAGAGCCAGUAAAUCCUGUGGAAAAUGGCCUUUAGUGAUCUUACGUCGAGGACCAUGCGUCUUUAUGAUAAUUGGAUCAAACAUGCUGAUCCAAGAGUUGAAGACUGGUUCCUCAUGUCCUCGCCUCUGCCACAAGCCAUCAUCCUGGUACUCUAUGUCUAUUUUGUCACUUCUCUGGGACCAAAGCUCAUGGAGAAUCGAAAGCCCUUUGACCUCAAGAAAGUGAUGAUAACGUACAAUUUUUUCAUAGUACUCUUUUCUGUGUAUCUGUGUUAUGAGUUUGUGAUGUCUGGCUGGGGUACAGGUUAUUCAUUACGAUGUGAAAUUGUUGACUAUUCAUGGUCACCUACAGCUUUGAGGAUGGCACGCACCUGCUGGCUUUAUUACUUCUCCAAAUUUAUCGAGCUGUUAGAUACUAUCUUUUUUGUUCUGCGUAAGAAAAAUAGCCAAGUGACUUUCCUGCACGUCUUCCAUCAUACCAUCAUGCCAUGGACCUGGUGGUUUGGAGUCAAAUUUGCUGCAGGUGGUUUGGGAACAUUCCAUGCCUUUCUAAAUACAGCUGUACAUGUAGUCAUGUAUUCUUACUAUGGACUGUGUGCAUUGGGACCAGCUUACCAGCAGUAUUUGUGGUGGAAAAAAUAUUUGACAUCAUUACAGCUUGUCCAGUUCCUUAUUGUCACCAUCCACAUAAGCCAGUUCUUUUUCAUGGAGGAUUGCAAGUACCAGUUUCCGGUCUUUCUGUACAUCAUUAUGAGUUAUGGAUGCAUCUUUCUGCUGCUCUUUCUCCAUUUUUGGUACCGUGCUUACACCAAAGGUCAGAGGCUGCCCAAAACUAUGAAAAAUGGAAUCUGCAAAGACAAAGAUCAUUGAAAUUCAAGUGCAACAUGAAUCUAUGAACGAGACUGCUAUGUUGUCUUCCUUGACAAUCAAGAGAUAUUUCCACGUGUAGUGCAUUUUGUAUAUUUUUCAAAACCAAGAGCUUGUAUUUUUAUGAUAAGUUAUUAAGGUUUCUGAUAUUUGACAGCCCAAAGCUCCCAGAUAACAGUCUUCUGAUAAUUAGAGCCUAAAGCAGUCAGUUUUCAGCUGCUUUUAAACCUAACCUAAAGGUUUCGUUUAGUACAUUUGAUUACAAUGAAAGAAGGAUGUGAAACAGUACAGUACUUUUCAAAGAAGUCCGGUAUAGAUGAAAAAUGUCCUUAGAUAUUUUGAGCUUGGACAGAGAUCCAUGCCGUAUGAUAAAUCCCUUCUGCCACGUCUUGGACCCUCUCAUGUGGGAUCUGGUUCUGUUGCUUGUUGACUAUAUUCAGAAGACACUAUAUUCACUCUCGAGUGAAGUUCCCACGGUGAAGAGCUAACACAGCUGAAUGUCAAGUGAAUUUUUGACAAGUUGUCAUUUAAAAUCACUAACAAUAAUUUUUAAUGGAUCCCUUGAAUAACCACCAGUCUUGCUGGUAAGACUUCCUCACGACACUUUUGUUGUAUAAACUGUUUGAAAGCAGCAGUCCUUUCAGUUAGUACAUCAAUGCACUUGACACUAAGGUUAAAUUAAUAUUUUGAAAAAAGGUGGUUUGUUCUUAUGGCUUAACGAACACUUUGCUGUUACUGUUUUGCAGUUAACUUCGUAUAUUUCUGGGAUGAGGUAAAUUUGUCAAUGGAAAAAGUACUCUGUGGUUCAGUGGGAAAAAUUUGUUGUCUGUUGUAUUAUAAUGUCACCUUCUUAUAUUGUCACGGUUUAAAGGCUUAAUUCUGUUAAGGAUAUAUUGGGUGGAGGUGUAAAUGUUCACAUUAUGAACACACUGCAGAUACCCUUCAGUCGUGAAUGAUUUUAGACCACCCGCCAUACACCGUUCCCAAAGAUGGGUUCGAGUCGCUUGUGAAGCAACUGGGGAGGCAAAUGGUGACACAGAGAUUACCCAGGAAGAUUUGGUUAUAUAAGGGUCUCUCUCAGUAAAGAGAGAGACAGACUGACUACAUCAUAGUUAUUGUUAUAGGUAUACUGCAUGAAGAAAUAUUUUCCAGAAUUAUGAAUUAAUUAACAGCCUGGAUUUCUUUUUUUCAGUUAUAAGUUAUAUUAUAAUGAAGAACUAAAAUUCAUUUUUCAUAGAUUUCAUUUCUUUAAAUUGCUACUUUCUAAAAUUCUCUUUUUCUCACACUUUCUUGUUGGAGAACCCAAACUACUGGUCAAUAGAAUUUUAUCCAAUAAACAGCAAUAUUUGGACAUACUGAAUUUUUCCUCAGUGCUUUUUUUUCUUGUUAUAUUUGUUCUCGAUUUUGAAGAACUGCUUAUGUUUGUAUGACUGUAAACCGUUAGUACUUACGGGCUCCAGUCGUUGGAUAACACACAGUGAUGUUAUUGUACAACAAAGCCUGAGUUUUUACUCACUGUCAACUCCUGUGGUUCUGUGUCCCCUAAUCUGUUGUCUGGACUAUGGCCUUUCCUCUUCGCACUUACCAGAUUCAUAAGGCUAUUUGCCUUUAAGUGACCUUUAGUGAUUUUGCUUGCUUACAAUAUGAGAAGAUGAGAAUUGAUAAAUGGGGAGACUUGCACAUUUUUUUAAAAAUUAACAACAGGAGAGCAGAGCUAAAAAGAAACAGCAGCUGUAAUUUACGUCUCUGGGAGUCUCAGGGUGCCUUAAGUGUUGUCCUGUUUUAGCUCUUCAAAUCCAACCUGUACUAAAGUGAGAAGUUGUGGUAAGUGCUGUUAUACAUACACACAAUUCCCAAAGACCCCAGUAGGGUAAAGACAAAAGGAAACAAAAAUAAAAGAAAAUAAAACAAAAGAGUUUGAUUCCUUUUCUUGCAUACUUCCUGGCCUGCCUUGUACAACCUCUCCCAACCUCCGUGUAGUCUUUAAAAUGUUUGAGUUGCCUAUGAGCUAACAGCAACAUGUUAUAUAAUUCUAAAUUAUAGGAAUGGAAGUGGAGAGCUAGAAUGUUACAUGAAAAGAAAUCAUAACUAGCAGAAGCAUCCUCCAUAUAAACAUCAGUAGAUCAAAAUGAGUAUCACUGGGUGUAGGGUUUGAAUUGGCAGUGUUUUAUUAAAGGGCUCUGUGGAUCACGUAGAGUUUCUGUUGGGGUUUCAUCCCUCUCUUCAGGACUUCAUUGCCUUUGGGUUUGCUUACCUAACAAAGAGUCCAGUUACAAAAUCUGGUUUAUGGCAUAAAACUAUGAAUCCUUGAGAACCUAUAUCUAUAUUAUAAAUAAAUACAAAUACAAAAGUUUAAAUAUCGAUGGGAACGUUGCCAUUUUACAGUCUUGACUGAAUAGAAUUCUUAACUGAGUGGACUAAAUUGUUAUAUAAAUUAUAAAAUUACGAAGUUACGUUUCCUCAAUUAUCCUUUAUUUCUGUUAAAUUUUUUAAAGAUUGUGGAAAACUCCAUGGAUAUUGUCCAAGUUUGAGUUUUGUGUUUAUGUGUGUGAGUGUGUGUGUGUCUAUUAUAAUAAAUUUCUGGUAUUACAUGUA